CUUCUUCACUGCAACUUUUCUCUUCUUUACUGCACCCACAGCACAGCCAUUGAUUCAUGCGUUUUGACCUCCACGAUCGAGAUUAAUUCUUGUUCAUCAAAAGAGAGCAUUUGCAUUUUCAAAGAGGAAGCACUUGCCUCACCUUCUAACAACCAGAAUAAAAAUUGGUAAAACGAAUUUCUGCAUUUUCUUCGAAAUUAUUCUAAUGGUGAAAACCCUAGCCAUGGAGUAAUAUAUACAUACAUACACGUAUCUGUCUCUAUUUCUCUCUAUCUCUUGUGUAUGUAUAUAUAUGUGUGUAAUGUGAGUACCUUUGCUUACCUCUAACCCUAAGACCUGUUUUUAUCUCUACUUUAUUGAUUACUCCACCAAACACCACAUUCGUCUACCUACCUUUUUCCCCAAGCUAAGCAAAGAGAUUGUGGAUCGAUUACUGUUGGGGAUUUUGGUGUUUGGAGAGAGAAAUUUUGAGGUCAUUCAUUGGGCGUGCUGCACAGCUAUGGAGUCACGGAUUGUCGUCGUCUCCUUCGCGAUUUUGGUGUCUAUGGCGGUCACGGUUUCUGCAUUGCACCAAACUCCUGCCGGUGCGGGUGCGCAGAUCAAUUCGAACUCGGUUCUGGUUGCGCUUCUGGAUUCGCACUACACGGAGCUGUCGGAGCUGGUGGAGAAGGCGCUGUUGUUGCAGACGCUUGAGGAAGCUGUUUCGAAGCACAAUAUCACCAUUUUUGCUCCGAGGAAUGAAGCUCUGGAGAGAGAUUUGGAUCCUGAGUUCAAGCGAUUUUUGCUCGAGCCUGGGAAUCGAAAAUCCUUGCAGAAUCUACUCCUGUUCCACAUGAUUCCGGCGCGCAUUGAGUCGGCGCAGUGGAGUAAUCACCGGAAUCGAGAUGCGCACGCCAGCCUCUUCCGCGACGCCGGCGACGAGAAGAUCCUGAUUCACGAGAAGAAUGGCGAGAAAUUGGUCGGAAUUGCGAAGGUCGUGAAAUCCGACGACGUAAUCCGUCCCGACGGAAUCAUCCACGGCAUCGAGCGGCUACUUGUUCCGAAAUCGGUUCAGCAGGAUUUCAACGCCCGCCGGAGCUUGAGAACAACCUCCGCCGUGCUCCCGGAGGGAGCACCGGAGGUCGAUCCGAGAACGCACCGCUUGAAGAAAAUCCCCUCCCCCGUUCCCGUCGGCGCUCCUCCGGUUCUCCCAGUCUUCGACGCCAUGGCCCCCGGCCCCUCCCUGGCGCCGGCGCCGGCUCCUGGCCCCGGCGGACCACACCACCACUUCGACGGCGAGAGUCAGGUCAAGGAUUUCAUCCAAACCCUCCUACAUUACGGCGGAUACAACGAAUUGGCCGAUAUUCUCGUGAAUCUCACCUCCCUCGCCACGGAGAUGGGGAAACUCGUCUCCGAAGGAUACGUCCUGACAGUAUUAGCUCCGAACGACGAAGCCAUGGCCAAAUUGACCACCGACCAGCUGAGCGAGCCCGGGGCGCCGGAGCAGAUCAUGUACUACCAUCUGAUUCCAGAGUACCAAACGGAGGAGAGCAUGUACAAUGCGGUGAGGAGAUUCGGGAAGGUGAAGUACGACACACUCCGGCUGCCGCAUAAGGUCGUGGCGGAGGAAGCCGACGGCUCUGUAAAAUUUGGACAAGGCGAAGGAUCGGCAUAUCUCUUCGAUCCUGAUAUAUAUACCGACGGGAGAAUCUCUGUUCAGGGAAUCGAUGGGGUUUUAUUUCCCCUGGAAGAAAGCAAGAGCCCUAAGCCUGCUCCUGUCGCCAAAAUCGUUUCCAAUCCCAGAAGAGGGAAGUUGCUGGAAAUGGCUUGCACUAUGUUUGGGCACAACUCUAAACUGUUCCCCUGUCAAUGAAUCAAAGCUUCGGACAAAACAAAUGGACAAGAAUUUGAACAGGAAAAUCAAACAAUAUCAUUGCAGAAAAGGGUAGAUUUGUUAGAGGAUGAUGAGAGAGAGAGAGUGGUGGAUGAGAGAGAGAGAGAGAGAGAGAGAGUGGUAUACUGUAAUUACUAUUAUACUUAUUACUACUACAUACACAAUUUUUUUAUUUGUAAUUUAAGCUUAUGCACAGAUGUAAUAGUUGUAUCUUUUUUGAGAAACAUAUAAAUAUAUAUUGGUGAGAUCUUGAUGGCCA